AUGCCAAGAACCAAGAAAGAAUUUCCCGAACUAGUCAGCGAGUUCGGAGAAGACGUGUUUUCGUGCAAUGAGACGGCAGUCAUCUGCAAAGCCUGUUCCAAGCCUUUCCCAGGCGCCCGGCGCUUCAAUUUGAGCCAGCAUAUCGGGACGAGCUCGCAUCAGAAAGCUCUCGAACGCUUGCGGAAAAGACAGGAAGAAGAGGCUAGACUACAGGCUGCUACGUGCAUGUCUGAUGUAGCGCCCUUCCCGCUGGAUUUGUGCAGGGCGUUGCUGGCCGCGGAUAUACCCGUUUACAAGCUGGAGAAUCCGACUCUCAAGAACUUCUUGGAGACUUACACGACUAGAAUAAUCCCGAACGAGUCGACUCUUCGUAAGUUCUAUGUUCACGAAAUCUACGAGCAGAAAAUGGCGGAAAUUCGAGAGAGCAUUGGCGAAUCCGCGAUCUGGAUUUCUAUCGACGAAACAACUGAUUUCAUGGGUAGGAGCGUAGCCCAUGUCAUCAUUGGAGCCCUCAACAACAACGCGCCCGGCCGCCCGUAUAUCAUGAAUUGUGAAAUUGUGGAGAGAACCAACGCGCACACCGUAGCGACAGUCUUCUACAAAAGCGUGGAGAAACUCUGGCAGAAUGAGGUGCGACACGAGAAAGUCCUACUGUUCGUAAGCGAUGCAGCUCCGUACAUGAUCGCAGCCGGGAAGAGCCUCAAGGUGUUUUUUCCUAACAUGAUUCAUGUCACAUGCGUCGCGCACGCAUUACACCGAGUCGCGGAGCAAGCAAGGAAAAUUUUUCCCAAUGUCGACCGAUUGAUUGCAUCGGUGAAGAAAAUUUUUCUAAAGGCUCCGUUGCGUGUGGAAGCUUUCCGUAGUAUGCUGGGCGGCAUUCCCCUCCCGCCGCAACCCGUAGUGACACGUUGGGGGACCUGGAUAAAUGCGGCCCUGUACUACGGCGAACACUUCGAACCGCUGAAAAACUUCGUCAGGUCACACUUAGAUUCCGAAGACUCGACGGCAAUCGGCGAAGCUCAACACUUGUUCGGACUAGAAUCUAUCCGGAACGAUUUGGUUCUGAUAUCAUCGAGCUUGAACACUCUCCCCAGGACGAUCACCUUGCUUGAGGCUAGCGGCGCAUCUCUCCGGGAAUCCUUAAAACAUCUUGAGGAUUUCGGAUCAACGAUCAACUUCACGAGACGUCAAAAAUUGUUCCCGGUCAAAGAAAAAUUCGAAGCCGUCCUAGCACGCAAUGUCGGCUUGCAAACGCUGCGAGAGAUCCGAAGUUUGCUCGACGGUUCUUCAUCGGGUGGGGAGCUCCCGAGUGAUUUAGAGUACAGUGUUGCACAAUUCACGAGUUUCGAAUUCGCGCCUAUCGUCUCGUGUGACGUCGAGAGAAGCUUUUCGAUCUUGAAGAAUAUUCUCCGGGAGAACAGGAAUGGACUGACGGCGGCCCAUUUGAGAGAGUAUGUCGUAAUAGCUUGUAAUAGAGAGUCAUGA